CGGUGUAAGCAGGUUGAGUUGAGCGUCUCUCAACAAACUCGAGAAACGAAGGUUUUCAGCGUCACACCGACACUAACAGGGGCUUCUGCCGCUUCAGCUGGGACUCAGGGUUCCUCAUGGGUCGAGUAUGGAUGUACCUGUUCAGUGCUGUAGGUGUGCUGGUCACACCAGGUGCUUAUCGUUCUGCGGCGAUGGAGGUGACUACACCCAAAGAGGUGACGGCGGUCAAUGGGACAAGCGUGCUGCUAAAGUGCACCUUUAAGUCCACCCAUCCCAUCAACGACAUCUUAUUGUCCGUCAACUGGAGAUUCAGACCCCUCGGCCAGACCACCGAGGAAUCGGUGUUCUAUUAUCAGAAAAACCCGUACCCUCUUCCUAGUGGCCGGUUCAAAGGUCAUGUGACAUGGUCCGGGAACGUUUUGAAGAACGACGCUUCCAUCACGUUACAGGACGUCCAGUUUGGUUUUAAUGGGACUUACAGCUGCUUUGUGGCUAACCCCCCUGACGUCCACAGCUUAACUAGCGAGAUCAACCUCCAGGUCGUCCAAUCAGUCAAGCUUUCUGAGAUAGGCAUCCUGGCAGCAGCUGUGGGCGGAGCCAUCCUGCUCGUCCUCCUCAUCCUCUCCAUCUUCCUGACUGUGCGAUACUGCCAAAGAAAGCGUGAGGACACAGGCGUGGAGCUGGAAAACACAGAGUUUAAGCAGGAAAGCAUUUAUUGAGAAAGAGGCGGAGCUUUGCUUCUUCACUUCAUAUCUGCGUCAGGACGUCCAGAAGGUGGCGUGUUUUUCCGACAAAGCCGUGUGUAUCAUCUUCCUGAAUUCCUUAAAAGACUGAUGCUUUUUAUGUUGUGGUGCAACUGAAAAAUGAAGAGGACGAAACUGUUAAUUGGAGAUUUGAACUGAAAUUAGGGCCAAAACGUUUUUCUCUUUAAAUAAAGUUUUUAUAUUUUUUGA